CAAGUUUGUUUACUCUCCGUCCAACUCCGUUAAAUUUGUCUGAUAUGGCAGUCAAUCUUCAAAGUUGACCAUUAACUCAGCAACUUGGCAAUUAAAAAAUAAUAAAUAAAAAUAAAUUUUAAUCUUCUACCAUUUCCAACUCAUUUUCACAAUAAAGUAAAAUAAAUAAAACUAUUUUUUUAUUAUAGUUAAAAAUGGAAAAAGUUAUUUACAUCGGAAAACCAGAGCAAGCGUGAUCGGAAUAAAGGCGUCUGCUAGGGAUCUCGACGGAAGAUCAAUUCCCCGGUGAUAUCAACUCCGGCGGUUGCAGUUUUCAGUCCAAGAAGUUGUAUCUCUCUCUACUUCACUUCCAUAAGGGUUCAUCCAUUCUUCCCGCUGCUAGGCCUGUUAGUCGGUGCGGUUUCGGUUUAACCGAACCGCACCAUCGGUUAGCCGAGACCGAGAAUCACCUAGGACGGCCAACCGAAGCCGACACCGAAGGGGUCUUCGGUUAACUGCCAACCUCAACCGGCGGUUUCGGUUUUUGGCUGCGGUUUGCCGAAACCGACACACACCAAUUCCGACCACCACCAUCGCUUUGCAUGUCACCGGAAAAUUUCAAUUUUGAACCAGCGGCAGAUGGAGAAGAGAGAGCACUCCCAUCGAAUCUCAGUUCAGGCGACAAACCCGGCGGCAGAGGAGGAAGAAAGAGCCGCCCGGAGUCAGAGGAGUCAGGCAGAUCGAUGGGAUUGGUUUUCAGACCAAUCUUGCUGGCUCCAAUUGCUUCAAUUUUCCAGGCCAACACCUCCGUAGGAACCUGUACUGCAGAUUACUCUCGCUUCAAGGACGGUGGAGAUUGAUCUUAUUCCACCGAAUCCCUUGAUGCUCUCCCUCUGCGGCAGCCUCUAUCAACAAGGAAGGGAAGGAAAAUGUCGACGGCAGAAGAAAAUUAGGAAGAAAGGGCAUGCAAUAGCUGAUCUUGAACCUAGCAACAGAGAGGAGGGGAGUCUGGAACUGGGAACCACUGGGAGGCGGUCAGAGGAGGGAGGCCUAGAUCAUCAAUUUUUGGUUGGAGCAGAGAGAGGGAGGAGAGUGGCGAUGCGGAAGGGGAAUAGCAGCGAGAGGGAGAGGGAGCAGAGUGGCGAUGCAGAAAGGGAACUGUGGUGAGAGGGAGAGGUUUGGAGCAAGGAGAGGGGCGAUGCGAAAGGGGAAGAGCGGGGGUUUGGAGCAGGGAGGGGGAGCAAUUCGUCGGUUUUAUGCGGUCCACCGAGUUUAUCUCGGUUAGCAACCGUCGGUUGCCGGUUACCAUAAAUCCCAAAUUCAGCAAACCGCCACCGCCACCGAAACAUAAUUAUCGGUUUUCGGUUGACCGUGUAACCGCAUAUUUCGGUUCGGUUUACGGUUUGACCGAAUAACCGCCAACCGAUUAUCACCCCUACCCGCUGCUGCAGCUUUCAUGGAUUCUUCUUCUAGGGUGCCAAUAAAGUCAAGAUCUUUGACUGUUCUGUCUCUUCUUUGAGCUAUUGACUUGCUUUUCCUCCAUUUUCCCACCUUUGCUUCACUUAGCAACUAUGCCAACUCCACUGCUCUUCGUCUUCCUCGACAUUCUCGUCUCUUCUUUCACCACAACCGCCGACGAAGCCACUCCGGUAACCCGUUUCCAGCAAUGCCUCAUAUUUAAAAAAGCACAUCCAAAUUCAAACUACACAACUCCCGUCUCAUUCCUCACAUCCAUCACCGGAUCCCUCGACCUCAAAGCCCAAAACUUCGAGUUCGUUGCAAAAAAAAUUUAUAGUUACAAAUUGAAAAGGGGGCGCUUGGGGUCGGCUGCGCGAGUGCGCGUUGAUAGAGUUUGAGGAACGGGCGGGGUCGUGCGUGGAGGAGGUGCAGGUGAUUAUAGCCAGGGAGCGACGGGAACGACAACAGCGGGCGGAGCAAGGGAUGGGAAUUGGGAGCUGAUUUGGUUGCGGGGAAGGGAUGUGGUGGCGGAGGACGAAGCGCCCCUUUUUAACUUGUAAUUAUAAUAUUUAUUUCUUUUAUUUAUUUUACUUUAUUGUGAAAAUGAGUUGAAAAUUAUAUAAGAUUAAAAUUUAUUUUAUUUAUUAUUUUUUAAUUACCACGACACUGAGUUAAUGGUCAACUUUGAGAGUUGACUGCCACAUCAGAUAAAUUUAAGUAUUUAACUGAGUUGGACGGAGAGUGACCAAACUUGAACCAUUUAACUAACUUGAGUGACCAAAAUUGGAUUUAAAUAUUUCAGUGAUCAAACAUGAACAUUUUGUGUAAUCUCAGUGACCAACCAUGCAAUUAACCUCACAUUUAUUGUUUCUUUUAGCCAUUCAGUUUAAGUCUCGGGGCGAGAUAGCAUGCCUACUACCUCUAGUGGGUAUGGUUUUUAACACUCCUAUUAAUUAAGAUAUUAAUUUGUGUUGCAUUUAAUAACUUUUUAAAAUUGUAAAAAAUUAAAAAUUUAUAUUAAUUACAUUCCUUUUUUUAAUUAAACUUACAAUAAUUACAUUUCUCUCUCCUCCCUCCCCGAGCCGCCUCACUCCAGCACGAACCCCGGUCGCCUUUCCAGCAACUCCUCAUGUCGUUUCUCUGCAACUCCUCCAACCGUCGCUCCUCCCCAACCGACGGCUGACACGUUUACCUUCAGUGGUAAUGUUACCAGUGCAACAGUAGUUGUAUCAAUGUACUGGUAUCGUUAUCCGUGUUAUAAUAGUGGUAUCAGUGUAAUGGUAUCAAUGUAUAUGUAAAGUUGUCAGUGCAAUAGUACUUUUCAAAUGCAUGUAUACUUUUUUUAGGUGGUUGGAGGGAGUCUAUCGAAGAAAUUAGAUUCUGGUCGGAAGGGGUCUGUUGGCAGGAGUAUGACCGAAAGGAGUCUUCCGGGAAAAGGCAACAAAGUUGUUGGAAAAUGAAAAAGUGGGAAAUAGGGAGAUAGAAAUUUAAUUAUUGUAAGCUUAAUUUUGAGAAAAAUGAAUGUAAUUAAUAUGAGGUUUUUUAUCGUCAAAGGGUAAUAAAUGCGUAAUAGAUUUAGUAUCCAAAAUAACUUUAAUAAAGAGGGGAAGUCAAUAUUCCAACCCCUUAGAGAGUAGUCAAACUAACCUCGCCCCAACAAAGACGCGCAACAGUG